AUGGCCAUCUUCGAGGACCCACUGACGGGCGACUUCCCCUCCAGGGUAACCCUCGAUGAGGACGAAAAGCUGGCGGAACCCCAUGUGUCCCGCUACUUUGUUGAGCCAGAGUACCAGCCCCUCGGCAGUUGCACCGUGCCCAGCUGCCAGCCCAUGCCGCACACCACCAAGGCAGCUGCCCAGCAAGGUGAUGGAGACGCAGGGCCGCAUACCCUAGCAGGGACAGGGCCAGGAGCCAAGGUGAUCAGAGUGUUCCUGUGGUCCCUCCCGGCAACAAGGACCACGACCCUCGCCUCCGUGCCGGCCCCCCUCCCAGAGGAGCAGGCCGGCACCCUGGCGCGCUCCCUGCUGCGCACGCUGUGCCGCGCAGGGUGCAGCGUGCACGUCGCGAGCACGUGUCCCCUGCGCGAUCUGAGGGGCCAUGCCGGGGACGCCGCGGGGUCGCCCCUGGUGUUCGCUCUGAGCACGGCGGCCGACCAGGGUGCAGGGGUGCCCGCAGCAUACUCACCGGCCUGGCCCCCGCUCCCCCCGGGCAUGCUCCUCCAGGGCCUGUCUGCCGCGGUGCUGACGCGCGGGGCGCUGCAGGGGCUGCACGUCUGCUGCCUGGUGGGCGUGCAGCCAGGCCCAGCUCCGGAGACCCACCUCUGCACCGAACUGGCCCGGGCCAUUGGCAGCCGGACCGGGCGGAGCAUAACGCCGGGGGUGAGGACUGCCAUCGGCGGCGCAUGCGAUGGCAUCUACCGCUCCUCUGCUGCCGCUUCCAUGUUCAGCUGA